AUGCCCGAGUCUUCUACGAUUCCACCGCUACUCUACAAUAAUUUAACCUCUCCGAUCAAGAGGAGAUUUUAUACUCCAUAUGAAGUCAGUGAGCAUAAUUGUGUGGACGAUUGUUGGGUGUCGUUUUUAAAUAAGGUUUACAAUUUGACACCACUGAUCAAACAAAACAAAACAUCUCCCUUGAUUGAACCCAUAGUGGCAAAUGCAGGACGAGAUAUUUCGCAUUGGUUCGACCCAUCUACAGAAGAUAUUAAAACUUGGAUAGAUCCCUUAACCAACGAGCGAUGUUAUUAUACUCCCAUGAAGCGAUUUCUUCAUAUUCCCCCACCCUCAUACGAAGCAAAAGGUUCACAGAAAGAGCCACAAGCUAACGUUCCUUGGUGGAAAGACAAGAAAUAUCUAAUAGGUUCUCUCUCGAAAAAAACAAGAUUCAUUCGAAUUAUUAACACCCUUACACAUGACGAUCAUCAAAUUGAAGUCUGUUCAGAAGAAACUCUCUCAGAAAUACUUGACAGAUAUUUAAAAUUCAACGGCCAUGCUGCAAGCUACACUUGGAAACGACUUGGCCAGGUGCUCGAUAUGAGUAAAACGUUGGCAGAAAAUGGAAUUGAGGAUGAAGACAAAGAAUUCGAGGAGUUGGGAAUUCGAGACGAUUACUACAUUCCUGCAAUUCAUUUAAUGUACAAUGAUGAUUUAACAAUAGGGUAA